GAGGUAAGAUGCUUUCAAUUCAGUCGUGGCUUCAGAAGUUCGUAUGAUAUCAUGUGUUUUUCGCCUCUCUGUAGUUAUCCCACGAACAAUUAAGGAAUUAGCGUUUGCAUAGCAAGCUGUCAACGCCGUGUACCGCACUACUGCGAUGAAUAAUCUAGUAGAGACUCUUAGCAAGAUGUCAUUUUUAGUCGGCGUAACUUCGGGUAUCGGGCUCGGCUUUAUUUUGGGCAUGAGAUUUGGUGUUAGAAAAAGUAUUCGAAAAUGGUUGGCACCCGGCUCGUUCGUACAAGAGGACGAAGGUGCUUACGGGGGCGAAUACAAACUUGUUCUCGUUGUUCGUAACAACGUCAAGAUGGAGAAAGGAAAAGUUGCAGCACAGUGCUCGCAUGCUUCUGUUGUGGCCUACAAGCAACUCCUUAAGCGUAGUCCGGACAUACUGAAGAUUUGGGAGAUGCACGGACAGAGGAAAGUUGUGCUGAAAGUUUCAAGCGAAGAGGAAAUGAUGGCCUUAGCUGACAAGGCUAUCAGUGUGGGACUGACUACCAGUCUGAUACGAGAUGCAGGUCGCACGCAGAUUGCUCCCGGAACAAAAACAGUUCUAGGCAUUGGACCUGGCCCCGAAGAUUUGGUUGAUAGUAUAACGAAACAUCUCAAACUGUAUUGAGAGAACUGCUU